AGAGAGUUUGAGAAUUAAAAAACUCAUUCUGUCACAUCCCAUUGCAUCAUGUUCUUUGUAGGGUUCAUUAUGCUAGAAUGCUCUUGUGUGAAAACAUUUCCAAAAGCUAUGGCUUCUGUUUUCAUAUCUGAGUGUGUCAGCAAAAGACGUCUUCCCCUUAGACCAACCUAUCUGAACCUCUACAAGUGGCCAGAAUCUGAUAUGGAAUUUGUGAAAACUAUCAGAGAUAAAGCAGAAUUACUGAAUGAUGUGCAAGCAAAAGAAGUUGAUAGCUUCUCCUGCAGGCAGAUGUACCUAAGAAGCUACAAAUUCUCAAAGAAGAAAGUUGGUGUGACUGAGAAGACAUUGAAGUGUUUGAAUAGACUGAAGGAAGGUGUGAAUUGUGUGAGUAAUAAACUGAAAUUUAAGGGUAAGAAUAAGGUUCUUGGUAGAGCCAGAGAUGUUACUUAUGCUGCUUUCUCAAUCGUUCAAACCUUUCUACCCUGUUAUGCUAAGGUUGAUGUUCUUCAUGAUUUCUAAUUCAACUUCUCCAAUUUAUCAUGCUUCUUUUCCUUUUCAUCUUCUUCUGCUUUAUACUAUGUUCUUCUGUCUGCUUUUUUCUCUGUUUUUUUUAAGAAAAACAGAAGGAAAAGAUAAAGAAAUGCUGCAUAAAAACUUGAAACAGAAUUGCAGCAGUGUUUUGCUAAUUUCUUUCUGCUGCAGAU